CUGCUAGCAUCUGGGAGCACUCAGACUCAUCCGCCCACAAUCACCAUGGACAGGAUGGAGGUGACGGAGACCUUCGCUGGCAUCUCCUUGCCUGGCCACUUGCACACAGAGGAGUCCCUGCGCUUUGCCAGCAGCUUCCAGUUCCAAGACACGGAUGUCGUCAUUGUCACCUACCCCAAGUCUGGCACCACCUGGAUGCAGGAGAUCCUGACCCUGAUCUACAGCAAGGGGGACCUGGAGCCAGCCAAGACCAUCCCGAACUGGGCCAGAGCCCCCUGGCUGGAGCACACGUACUUCAAGGACAUGCUGCAAGAGACCAGCGGGCCCCGCCUCAUCACCACGCACCUCCCCUGCCAGGUUCUGGCCCCCGCGCUGAGGAAAUCCAAGGCCAAAGUGAUCUACAUGGCCCGGAACCCCAAGGAUGUCGCAGUUUCCUUUUAUCACUUCCACAAGAUGGCCAGGUUCCUGCCAGACCCUGGCUCCUUUGAGGACUUCCUCGUCCGCUUCCUGGAAGGCACAGUGCAGUACGGCUCCUGGUUCGACCAUGUCAAGGGCUGGCUCAGCCAGCGGGCUGAGCUGGAUCUCUUCUACAUCACCUAUGAGGACCUGCACCAGGAGCUGGGGCGCUCGGUCGAGCGGCUCGCUGAUUGGCUGGGCUGCCCGCUGCAGCCGGAGGAGAGCAGAGCAAUCCAGCAGCACUGCAGCUUCUCCUCCAUGCGCGAGAAUACGAUGGUGAACUACACGCUCAUCCCCUGCGAGAUCAUGGACCACAGCCGGGGCAGGUUCAUGCGGAAAGGGAUAGUGGGAGACUGGAGAGACCACUUCACCCCGGUGCAAAACAUGCACUUCCACAAGAUCUACCAGGAGGAGAUGCAGGACUCCAGUCUGCGCUUCCGCGGGCUCAUGGACUGAUGUGGGGGCUGCACUGGUGAGGGGUGUGGCUAACAGGCAGGGCAGGGGCUUUGUCCAUGGUUGGGAUUCGGGGAACAAAAUUCUAAGCUACAUAUUUUGUUGGGCAACGUGUGCUGGGCCCCCCACCAGCCAGCCCCAGCCAGUGGAGAAGGCUAUGCCAGUCACAGCCCUAGGGAGGUGAUCAAGGCCCCUGGCUUCUCCUGGAGGCGGCCGGGGGGGGAGCACACAGAAGACUGGCUGGAACAUCAUGGGGGGGAUGCACUGGUCACAGCCUGGGUCACAAGCCCGUGCCCUGCUGAAUGUUACCCCACACACAGCUACAAGCACCAUUCCCCAACCCUUCUCAAAAGUGCGCCCGCCGGGCUGCCCAUCUCUGCCCCAAUCUAGGCUGUGCCAUUCC